AUCGUCACCGCAGUCUGGAUUCCGCAUAAAAACGGAUCAUUUUUGCCCUUAUCACUUCUUUCUAGCCAGCAGGAGGCAAAUCCAGCAGUUGCUGCUCAGUGCUCGCUUUCAUCUUACUUUUUAAGGUUUCGGCCGCCCACUACAAAACUGUCGUACGUUUCGUGUUAUAAUAGCGCUAGGCGAGUGCAAAUCGCCGAGAAGAGCUAUUCAUUGAAUGUAAGGAACUAUUUCUCCAGGUCGCCCUCGAUUUCCUCGAGCGACCGGUCAGAAUCUGACUGCAGUGAUCUCACGUUUAGGAGCCCUGGCAAAACAGAGUGGAAGUACAAGAAACGCAAAACAUUCAAAGUCAGGAGGGAGGAGUCGAAGGAGAUUCUUCGCCAGUAUCCUAACAGUAUACCUGUGAUAUUGGAGAAGCUACCAGAUGUUACAUCACCCACUUCACAGAAGGAGAAGUACCUCAUCCCUAGGGAUCUGAGUGUGGCUGAUUUCACCAUGAUGGUGCAAAGGAACAUGUUUGUCACAGCAGACACAGCAGUUCACCUCAUUGCCGACGAUGAGCUUUUACUUUCAAAUAAGAAGAUGGGAGAAGUGUAUGAUGAGGAGAGGGACAAAGAUGGUUUCCUCUACCUCAACUACUGCGCUUACAAGCCUUUUUCCUAUUCGAAGAUUUCGGAUGGAAGAAUUCUAUGACUAGUUUAGAUGACUUUUUAUUUAUAUAUCCUGUACAUAGAGUGAAGAAUAUUUGUAGAACAAAUUUUGUUGUUAAGAUUAAUAAAAGUAUGUUGUAAAAA